AUGGAGAAUGAAGAACAUGAAGAACACAGAGAUAGAGAAAUUAAUUCUGCUUCAUGUCAACACAGCGUUUCAGUUUCCGUUCCUCGCGACCAAGUUGAGAUUCUUUUAGCUUUCAAGAAUGAGUUUCCAUCCCGCAACUGCGAUCGCAAAUUGGCCGAUGGGGUCUUACAAUCCCCUAGUGCAAAUAUAACCUCUUGGACCAAAGAUGCCAACUCCUUUGAUGGUGUUUCUUUUGAUGAAAAAACCGGUGCCGUGACAGAGCUCAACCUUCGUGGUGCAUGUAUCAAUGGCACCAUCAAGGCUAAUAGUAACCUCUUCAGAUUCCAACACCUCAGGUACCUCUCUCUUUCAAUGAACCACUUUGACACAUCCUCCUUCCACGCCGGAUUUGGCAGACUCACCAACUUAGAAUACUUGGAUCUUAGCCAAAAUGGUUUUAUCGGACAAGUUACAUCCUCAAUCAGUAACCUAAGCCGCUUAAACACCUUAGACCUUUCGUAUAACAAGUUCACCGGUCCUUUUCCCAAUAUACAGAACUUAACCCUUCUUUCUUAUAUUGACCUUUCUAAUAAUGACUUUUCUGGAACCGUUCCUUCUUAUCUAUUCACCAUGCCUUCCCUAUGGUAUAUUAAUCUGCGCCAAAACCAUCUUACACACCCUCGCGAGGAUAUAAAUUCUUCUGAAACCUCGAAGCUUCAACAUUUAGACAUGGCCAAUAACCUUUUGAGCUGUCGAAUCCUAGAACCUAUCUCAAAGUUAGCCAAGCUCACAGAACUCGACCUAUCUUUUCAGAACACACCCGACACAAUUAACUUCGACUCCUUGCCUUUCAAGUCUCUAGAGUCUUUAGAUCUUUCCGGGAAUGUUAUAACGAGGCUUAAUAUCGGUUCGAAAAAUUUGCAGGAGCUAACCUUGUCGAGCUGCAACAUGACCGAGUUCCCCACCUUUAUUAAGACCUUACGGAGCUUGCAGAAAUUAGACCUUUUCAAAAAUAGAAUUCUAGGAAAAGCGCCUUCCUUGCGCUACAAUUCUUUCCUUUCCGAGCUGGAUUUGAGUUCAAACGCCUUUCAUGGAUCGUUCGCAAUGAUUCCACCCACCAUGCAGACCAUUUACGCAUCGAAUAAUCAUUUCACAGGAGACAUACCUCUUUCAUUGUGCAACGCAAGUGGACUUGGUCGCCUUGAUCUGUCGAACAACAAUUUCAGUGGUUCCAUUCCCCGUUGCUUGAUAGGCAAGUCACUGGGAACGUUGAAACUACAUAACAAUAACCUUAUUGGUACACUUCCCUACAUAGAAAAAAGUGGGUUACAAAUACUUGAUGUUGGCCACAAUCAAAUCAGUGGGAAGCUUCCGAGGUCUCUAGUCAAUUGCACAAGCCUGAUGUUUCUAAACGUGGAGAACAAUAGAAUCAAUGACACCUUCCCUUUCUGGCUGAAGGCUUUGUCGGAUCUGCAAAUCAUUGUUCUGAGAUCAAACAGAUUCCACGGUCUCAUUUCUUCUCCUAGAAGCCAUCAUCCAUUCCCGGCGCUGCGGAUACUUGACAUAUCCCAUAACAACUUUUACGGGAGUUUGCCGGGAAAUUACUUUGCUAAUUGGAGUUCACCUUUGCUUAAGAUCCCUAGAGCUGAUUAUCCCUGGCUAAAGUACACAGGAGAACAGCACUCUACGUAUACCCCGGAGUAUUACCCUUCCAUUUAUAUGAGAAACAAAGGAUUAAAUAUGGAGCUGGAAAAGAUCCCAGAGGCAUUCACAGCCAUUGCUAUCUCUGGGAACAGGCUUGGAGGGGAGAUUCCAGAAUCCGUAGGUCUCUUGAAGUCGUUGAUUAUGUUGGAUUUAUCUAACAACAGUUUCACAGGUCAUCUUCCAUCGUCUUUGGCCAACCUCAAACAACUUGAGUCACUUGAUCUUUCUCAAAACCAACUUUCUGGAGAAAUUCCUCAGGAGCUAAGAGUCCUCACCUUCUUGGCUUACCUUAACGUUUCGCAUAACAAACUCACUGGCCAAAUACCGCAGAGUACACAGAUUGUAGGGCAACCUAAAGCCUCCUUUGAAGGGAAUAUGGGUCUUUGUGGUCUUCCUCUUCAAGAAUCUUGCUUCAGGGACAAUGUACCAACAUCAACACCGCAGACGCCAGAAAAAGUGUUGAACUGGAAAGCAGCAGCAAUAGGCUAUGGACCCGGAGUGUUGUUUGGACUAGCAAUCGGACAAGCCCUUGCUUUAUACAAACCAAUGCUGUUCUAUAAGUUGUUUCGCCUUUAAUAAACGAACAACACAACUUUUGUAUUUUUUUUUUCAGCUAUAUAUUUUUGUGGAAGAAGUUUGAAAGUGACCUGUCAAGGGGUGGGUAGACUUCGUUACCGGUGUUAUUCUCCACAUGCACCUCUACUAAUUUGCAAGAUGGGGUUCCAACAGAGAGCUGCUGAGGGUUCAAUGCCUAUCUGGAUCAUCAAAAUCAAUUUUAAAAUAUUUAAUUACUGAAUUUAGACAUUUGAUCAACUGUUCUGGCAACAAAAAAAUAUAGUUAUGAUGUUAGGUACAUAACACAUAGUACAUAUUAUCAAUUAAUCAUAAGAUUUGUGUAAG